CCAAUCCACCCCCCAUCGGCCGCGUUGGCUUCACACCCCGACUUCCUCACCAUGCUCCCCAACAACUAUGUCGUCGGUGGGCAGCCCGGUCUCCCGCAGCCACAGCCCCAGCCGGGCCCUCAGCAAGGCAUGCCUAAUAUGGGCAUCGACCAGAACCGGAUGUGGCAGCUGCAACAACAGCAACAACAGCAGCAGCAGCAGCUUGCAGCACAACUACGCGCACAGCAGCAGGGAAACGGUGGGCAGCUCAAUCAGCAGAUGCUCGAACUCCUCCGCCAGCGUGGUGGUGUACAAGCAAACCCGCAGGUCAUGGCUCAGCAGCGUCAGUUUGCCGGCGGCGUCCCUCAGCUCGGCGUUAAUAACUCCUCUCCAUUUCCGCACGACCCCUCUCAAGGCCUUCCGAACGCCCAGCCGCAAUUUGGGAACGUACCUCCCGGCCAGAACUUCGCCAACUUCCAGACGCUUGCCCGUAAUCCGGCGCAGAUGUUCCAGAAUCAGGGUCCCAUGCGCCAGCUCGACCUCAUGAUGGCUCAGAACCAGCAAAACCAGAACGGCGUCUCCAACCCCAAUCCCAUGGCCGCCCUUCAGCGACAAUUGGCGCAGCAACAGCAGCAACAACAACAACAACAACAACAGCAGCAGCAGCAGCAGCAACAGCAACAACAACAGCAGCAGCAGCAGCAGCAGUCGCACGCGCAAUCGCAGGCCUCGCACCAGCAGCCAUCGCGGAUGGACGCGCCUCAGCUUCCCCCUGGCCUCUUCAGUAACAUGAACCCCGUACAGAUGCAGCACAAUCUCCAGAACCACCCUCCACAGAACGGUAUGGGCCCCAAUCGCGCACCGAACGCCAUGAUGCCUCCUAUGCAGGAAGGCCAGAUGCAGGGUCAACAGCACAUGCGACGACCUAUCAGUAUACAGGAGAUGUCGAUGAAGGCGCACGAGUUCAGACAGGCGAUUAUGGCCGGGGAGAAUCGCAUCAAGGCGCUUCAGAGCCAGGCGAUGACUCCUCAGGCUCCGCAGGACGCCAUUGCCGCCGAGAUUAGCAAGGUGCAGAAGGAGUUGAUGGAUCGCAGGCAGACUUUGACGAAGAUCAUGAACUUCUUGCGCAUGAAUGCUGUCAAUGGGGCAAACCCCGCCUACCAGAAUGGCGUUGAGAUGAGAACCACGGGCCCGUCGCCCGUCCCUCCUCAACGUCUACCCGGUGGCCCUCAGAACCCAACUCAGAUCGGUUGGAUGCAGCAGAAUCCCUCGCAGAUCCCCCAGUUCAACAGCCCCCGUCCUGUAUCCACAGCUGCCCAUUUGGCUCCUAACGCAACAUCUCAGCCUUCGGGUCCUCAGAUGAGUACGCCUCAGCUCCAACAGCAGAUGGCCGCGUCGCAGCCGAACAUGCCCCAGCGCGCGAUACCAACACCCUUGCCCGUACCGAACGGCGGCGCGCCGUCCCAUGGCGGUGCGCAGCCCACUCCCAACGGAAGGCCGAACUCUCUUCCAAACGGCGUCGGCCCUCCGUUCAACAUGUCGUACUCUCCGCUAACGCGUGAAAACUUCACGAAGGCCUACUUCCAGCAAUGGAUACCGAAACAUCCCGUCGACCAGACCAUGCUCAAGGUCGAGGGUCGCGAGAUCGACCUGUACCAGCUGCACUACGAGGUCAUGAGCCAGAACGGCUACCGGAUCAACGUCCAGCAGAUUGCGCCGAACCAGAUUCCUCAGCUCGUUCCCACUCUCGUGAUCUCGCAGGAACAGUGGCCGGUCAUCGCGGGGCGGCUCGGGUUCGUUAACUUCCCUGGUAACGGCCACGAGCCAGCUAGGUCAGGGCCUGCUAUCGCCGUUCACAUCGAGCAGGUGUACAAGCGGUGCCUGCAGGACUUCGACAGCCAAUAUCUCCGCCAGCUCUUCCAGCACCGACGGCUCAUGAUUCUCGGGCAGAAGGUCAACGGUGGCGACAUGUCCGCUGGCCCGUCGGGCCCCGCGGCUCCUCAGGGCUUGAGCGACAUCAAGGACCCGAAGGCCCUCAGCGAGAUUAUCAGCUACGCGGCGCAUUCCGCCCCUGAGCUGCAGGCGCGCGGGGUGCCGAACCACAUCAUCGCGCUCGUUGAGAAGCACCGCGACCAGCUGAAGGCGACGCUCCAGCAGCAGCGCGACUUCGCGAAGAACAUCCAGAUCGCGGCGCAGGGUCAGCCGCGCAACGUGUCGAACCCCGCGAUGGCGAACGCGAACGCGAUGCUCCACCACCAGGCGAACAGCAUGAACAUGGCGAACGGGAUGAACGGCCAUGCGAAGCCGCCCAUGCAGCCCGGGCAACUCCCGCAGGGGAUGAGCAUGCCGUCGACGUCGUCGAUGCCGCCGAACGGACAGCAACAGCAGCAGGGGCAGCAGCGACCGGGUGGUGCUCCCGGGAUGUUGCCUAUCUCAACCGGCCGUCCAACUCCCGCACAGAUGGCGGCGGCGGUGGAGAUGGUCAGACGACUCAAGGAGGAGAACAAGCACGUUCAAUUCCCCACGACCCGCCCGGUCCACAUAGGUGACGCUCAGCGUCUGGAAUACAACGCGCAGUUCGAGCACUUGCACCGUCUGGUGACGACGCUGGACCAGAAGCUGCCUCAUCUUGCGGUGUGCAUGAGGGAAGACGUGAUCAAGAAGCUAGUGAUGAUGAUUUCUGUGGUCCAGCAGCAACGCGAAAUGCUGUCGAGCAACCCAACGCAGUACUUUAUGCCGCUGCAGUGGGUGCAGCAGAUGAUCAUGCAGGUCAACCAGGCGAACCAUGCGUUCACGACGUGGGUGAACAACGCCAUGCGUUCGGGACCACCUGCAGACGGCAGUCAGGCCCAGGCGGGUCCAAGUACGCACAGCCAGCCUGGUCCGUCGACUGGGCCACAACGUCAAGGGCCACUACCCGUCCCUCGACCUCCCACCGCACAGCCCGCGCCCACACCGUCCGCCUUGUCACCUCCUGGGGCUCCCGCACACACGCCUGCGGCGUCCGCUUCAUCCCCGCAUGUCGUCAGCACGCCGUCGAUUUCCAAGAAGCCGACGCCAAAACCGUCUGGCGAUGUAGCCUCCGCUCCCACACCCACCCACAUCAACUCUCCGCAGACUCCCAGGUCUCCCAGAAACAAGCCCGCCCCGAAGCCCAAAGCGCAGCCGAAGCAGCGGAAGGUGUCUACUAAAUCCGGCACCGCUGCUAGUCCAGCCGCUGGUCCUUCGGAGACGAAGCUGCCCGCUACGCCUGCUGCUGCUACUCCCGCGAACGCGCCUACGCCGGAGCCCUCGUCAGGCUCGAAGCGGCCACGGGAAGAAGAGUCGGUCGCAUCGACGAGCGCAUCCGCGCCUCCGUCCGCCAAGAAGAUCAAGACGGAAUGGGACGAGGCGCCUAGCGAUAUUCUCGUGAAGCGGCAGGCGGAGGCAGACGGCGCGAAGACGGACGAGGACACCGUGAAGUUCCUCGAGCAGAUGUCGAGCUGGCUGACGCAGAUCGGCGGCGAAGGCGACGGGCAGGACAUACUGAAGACGGAGAUCGCGGAGUCGCUGGACGAGAUCUUGAAGGCGUACCCGGUCGCCGCGGACGACGGCAUGUCAUUAGCCACCUCCAGCUUCAUCGAGAGCAUCAACGUGGGGAGCUCGUCGCCAAAAGCGUCUGCGGUCGACCCGGCCGAUUUCUUCGACUUCACAUCGUACGGGCUGCCCGAGGAGGACUCAGGGUCGAAGGCGGACACGCCAGAUCUGGUACAGGCAUCGUCGUCAGUCGGUCCCAGUCCAGGAUCUGCGUCGGAGACUGAGGUGCAUCCGGCAGCCUCUACAGGAGCUGAUAUCGCGAAGAUCGCCGACCCGAAGAGCGAGCCGUCGGGGGGCGACUCGAUGUCGCAGGACCUCUGGCGGGCGAUCGACGGGGGCGAGUCCGCGUUCUACAACUCGACGGACAGCUGGAAGUGGGACCAGCCCAUGCCAGCACUGGAGCAGCCGUGGGCGAUCUACUCGUCAACAUCAUAGUCACGAUUUUAGAGGAACCUGGAGACUCGGGGCGCGGAGCGGGGGAGGCAAUGUGCGGCGGACUGUGUGGUGAUAUAAUACCGACGUGGACCUGGGCUGCUCUUAUCUCGUAACAUAUUUCGCUGUGCUUUUAGUAUGCGCGCCGCUGCCUGCCUCGUCUCGUCCAGGGCUCGACUCGUUCACGUUCUUGGCCGCUUGUCUUCGUUCCGGCUGCCCUCCAUAUCUGGUUCGCCUUCCCUUUAUCAUCUUCAUCCUUCCCCGCUGGCAGAUUCCCCUCUCGUCUAUAUCAUCUCAUCCAUCCUCUCGCCACCUGUCGUCGCAUCUGUUGUUGUUUCUUGAUUAUAUUAGUCGUGUCCGCUGUGUAUUUUUACGCUUGUCUAGCAUGCUAUCGAUAUAUCCGC